CUCUCAAAAGAGGAACUCAAGCAUUGAUGGGAAACUGAGAUUUUGGCAUAAACAUUUCAAGGAACAUUUCCUGAAAAUAGGAUGAAGUAAUGAAGCUGUAGAGUAGAUAAGAGCUAGUGUGAGGCUGUAUCAGGAGCAAGAAAGGAGCAAGCAAGCAGAGAGGGAGACAGUCUUCGUCUAUUUCCAUUUCUGGCUGCUUUCAUGCACAAACUUCUCUACAGAGAAAAGUCGGACCACAUCCUUUGCACUUGAGACAUAAAAGCGAGCAUGCACAUUGAGGUGGGCUUCAGUGCAUCACCAUCAUAUCAAAGACAGAAAUGUUCUGCCUGAGGUUUUUCACUCUUUUCAUCUCUUGUAUCCUCCUGAUUGUCCAGUCAAGUCAUGGCUCGGAGAUUAUUGGUGGGAAGGAAGUGACGCCCCAUUCACUGCCUUUCAUGGCUCUACUGGAGAACAACGAACCAUUUUGCGGAGGGAUACUGAUCAGUCAAUCAUGGGUCUUGACAGCCGCCCACUGUGGAAAUUUCAGCAAAAAAAGAAAUUCCCUCAUUAAGAAAGUGUUGCUGGGGGUGCACUCCAUCAAAGAAAAGGAAACUGAGUCCAGAACAGUUCGAAAGGUCAAGAAACAAGUUAUUCACCCCUACUAUGAUGAAAAAGAUAAAGUCAAUGACCUGAUGUUGCUCAAGCUUGAUAAACCAGUGAAGAGAUCCAAGACGGUGAACUGGCUUGAGCUGGGUAACACGGUCAAAGAACCAACAGCUGGCAGCACCUGUCUGGUGGCUGGAUGGGGGACAACAAAGAAUGGUGCCAAGCAAAUGUCAAACGUCCUGAGGUCUGUAAAUGUCACCGUGAUCGACAGAAAGAAGUGCAAUGCUCCUGAUUAUUACAACCACAGACCUGUUAUCACCAGCAGCAUGUUAUGCGCGGGCUCAGAUGGGAAACACCACACUGAUACCUGUCAGGGUGAUUCAGGAGGACCGCUGUUGUGCAGUGGCGUGCUAGUUGGAGUCACUUCUUUUGGACAUAAGUGUGGCCAGAUAAAAAAGCCUGGGGUCUAUUCUUUCCUCUCAGAAAAACAACUCAAGUGGAUCAAAACAACAAUGAAGAAGUCUGAAAUAUAAUAAACAGGCAAAGGUUUGUUUUUUUUUUAAGCUAAACCAAUGAGCCACCACAUCUUGAAUUGAAAGUUUAGGACUGAAUGAAGCUUUCUCUCUGUGUCCUUACUGCUUGAAAACAUUUUCUAACAUCUUAAAGGCAAAGACAGAAAUAUAGAAGGUGUUUCUCUCUUUCUUAUAGCUUUCUUUUGAUAUUUGUUCUAAUAUACUGAUAUUGUGCUGAUAUUUGGCCAGUAAAGUUGAUUCUCAUUCUGA